GAUGGCUGCUGGCCAAUGAUAGUCGAGGAAAGGAUGCUACUCUCUUGUUCACCCUGUGUUUCUGUGGUCCCAGGUGAAGCUGGGUUGUGACAAACGAGUGUGGAGGUGCUGCAGCUGGAGACCCCUUGCUGGAUUUCAGCAAAAAGAAAGCUUUGAGAAAAUAAAACAUUCGAUACUUGCUGACUUCAUAGAGCUUCUCCAGACCUUUGCAAAUUUGCCUUUGGCAGCGACGUGCGCUGCCUGAAAGAUUUCACAUCCGACUAACGACCGUUGGGCGGCAGAUGUCUGUCGUUGUAGACGAGAAGUUCCACCACAUUCAAGUGUAGCAAUGUACCAGAACUGGAGAUUGUCUAACCUUGUUUUGCUUAUCAAAACUAAAGUUGAUCUGUUUGCUGGAAUUGAUAUGAGUGUUCUGAUUCUUGAGUCGAAGGGAAUUUUUGGCCUGAUAUCAAGACUAGACGUUUUCAGACAGUGUAAUCGAAUCUUUGCAUUUCUUAUUUAAAAAAUUUAAAUCUGACAUAUAAAUGGCAUGAAGGCCGGCUUUCUUUUCUCUUUCGACUUCGAAAUUGCUGCCUACGAUUGGGAGACAAAACCCGAAGUUCACUCCAUCAGUGAAUAAUGUGGAGAGGAGGAUAUUUCAGUGACAAAGAUUCAUAUCUUGUUCUUCCUUGAGCCAAGAACGAGAUGCGAACAGUGACUUGAACGUUGUUACCAGAAUAAAACAGGAAAGGAAAAAGAAAAAUGACGAAACAUUCACGUAUGAGAACAAUGAUACACAGGUCUGGCACAGUUGGCAGGUAGAAGCUGUUGUGGUAAUGUGUAACAACUGACAUUUCGUUUCUCUCUCUUGAGACUUGCUUUGUUGUACGAAAACAGCCUCUCAACGGUUGAAGGAAUACAAAUGUCGGCAGCUGGAUAAUUCAACUUCUUCGGUAUGGAGGUGGAAAGUAGGCCCACCACACACUCACAGAUACUUGAUUCGUCGUGAAAGCAGACAGGAAUAUGUUCAUCUGAACACUCUUUUAGUCGAGAACUUUCCUAGAGUGGCCAACAACAGAACUUCACUACCUGCAUCCUUCUGAAAAGAAAGAAAGAUGGUGGAUUUGUGGGAUUGAAAACUGCAAAUGUUUCCAAACAUCUUCGUUCAUUGAUCCUUGAAGUCUUCUCGAGGUGAAGGUGCAAAGUUCGCCGUAAACUUUAGUUGCGUCACGGGGAUGUUGGUCGGCGCGAACCUCGGGAGGGCACAUCGUUCGCGGCGGGGUCGUCGCGCUCUCUCGUCCUCGCACCAUGGUGACCAACGGCCAGGGCUUGCUGACCGUCGACCCGGCCUUUGACCAUCGGCGCUCGCGCACCAGCCUCGUGUCUAUCCUCGAGGACCACCUCGUCUCUCUUCGCCGCUCCGUUCUUAAGAAAGAGACGACAGGAUGGAGCCAGCGUUCCUGGAUCGAGAAGACAUUCAUCAAGCGGGAAUGUUGCCACUUCAUCCCCAGCACGCGAGACCCUACGAGAUGCUGCUGCGGGCGCGUGGAGAACUGGCACGUGGGACUGAACAAGCAGGACGAUGACGACGACCACCGGCGGGGAGGGGAGCGGUGGCACCCCAUGCGCCACACGGAUGUCUACCCGACCGACGCUUACGGCACCAUUGAGUUUCAAGGGGGACCGCACCCCAGCAAAGCACAGUACAUCCGACUCAGCAGCCUGGACUCGCGACCGGAGUCGGUUGUUCAUCUCCUGACAAAAUUCUGGGGGCUGGAACUGCCAAAGCUUCUCAUCACCGUCCAUGGCGGGCUCUUGAACUUUGACCUGCAGCCCAAGCUAAAGCGCGUUUUCCGAAAGGGGCUUCUGAAGGCUGCGCGCACUACAGGAGCCUGGAUCAUCACCAACGGAACCAACACAGGAGUCACAAAGCAUGUGGGUGAUGCAAUUUCUGACAGAACAGCCAAAGCCAAGAACAAAGUAGUGGCCAUUGGCGUUGCUCCAUGGGGAAUUGUGGAAAGAAAGGAAGACCUGGUUGGUCGUGAUGUGGUUGUGCCCUACCACUGUGUCACCAGCACCAAGAUCAACUCCUCAGUUCUUAACAGUAACCAUUCUUACUUUCUCCUGGCUGACAAUGGUACAGUUGGCAAGUAUGGAGGCGAGAUCAUCUUCCGUCGUAAACUGGAGAAGUACAUCGCACAGCAAAAGAUCUGCAUGACCAACGAUUUCAAGGGUCGUGGAGUGCCAGUAAUAUGUGUUGUCCUGGAAGGUGGGGCAAACACAGUGCGAGCGGUGCUGGAAUAUGUGACAGAUAGUCCACCAGUUCCAGUUGUAGUGUGUGACGGGAGCGGCCGAGCCGCAGACCUUCUUGCAUUUGCCCACAAGUACACCCUAGAGGAUGGCACAAUGCCAGAGAGUCUCCGUGAUCAGUUGAUCAUGACCAUCCAGAAAGUCUUCCAGUACAGCCUGGAGCAAGCUGAAAAACUCUUCAUUGAACUUAUGCUGUGCGUCAAGAAGAAGGAGCUGAUAACCAUUUUCCGCAUGGGUGAGGGAGCACAGGACAUUGAUUUGGCUAUUCUGACAGCGCUGCUAAAAGGAACUAAUGCUAGUGCCAUGGAUCAGCUAAAUUUGGUGCUGGCCUGGGAUCGUGUGGACAUUGCACGGAGCCAUAUAUUUGUCUAUGGCCAGGAGUGGCCUGAGGGUGGGCUGGAGCAAGCAAUGAUGGAUGCCUUGAUCAACGAUCGUGUAGACUUUGUGAAACUGCUUCUGGAGAAUGGAGUGAGCAUGCACACAUUUCUCACCAUCGACCGCUUGGAGGAGCUCUAUAACACUAAACAAGGCCCAUCCAAUACUCUUAAAUAUCUGACAAAAGAUGUUCUAAAGCAUCCCACAUCAUCUCAGAGGUACAUUCUUCCAGAAAUCGGUCUUGUUAUUCAACACUUGAUGGGUGGAGCCUUCCGUUCGUCAUAUUGCCGACGACACUUCCGACAAAAAUACUAUGCAUUCCGACAGAGUAAGGUCAGUUCAAACUCAGCCACACUGGGCAAUGUAGUAACCACCAUCCCCCACCUGGUAAACACACGCCCAGUGGAGUACCUGUUUGAGUACCCAUUCCAUGACCUGAUGCUGUGGGCAGUGCUUAUGAAACGACAACGCAUGGCACUUUUCAUGUGGCAGCAUGGGGAGGAGGCCAUGGCGAAGGCAUUGGUAGCCUGCAAACUGUACCGCGCCAUGGCACAUGAAGCCGACCAAGAUGACCUGGAGAUUGAACUUUCAGAGGAAUUCCGCUCUUACUCAAAUGAGUUCCAGGUUCUUGCCCUGGAGUUGCUAGAACACUGUUACAAGCUUGAUGAUGACUACAGCCAACAACUACUGACUUACGAAAUCAAGACGUUCAGUGAGCAGACUAACCUCAGCCUGGCUGUUGCUGCCAAUCAUCGGCAGUUCAUUGCCCACACAGCCUGCCAGGUCCUUUUGAAUGACCUGUGGAUCGGCGGCAUGCGUAUGCGCAAGAACACCAGUCUUAAGGUGAUCCUCGGCAUUCUCUUUCCACCGUACAUGCUUGCUCUGGACUUCAAAUCCCGUGAGGAGUUACAGCUCAUGCCCCAGACCAUGGAGGAGCACCUGGAUGAGCUGGAGGAUAGCGAUGCCGGAUCACAGCGACGCGUGUCCCUGUCAUCGUUCGAUGAGAGCCAGGUGAUGGCGGAUUUCAAACAUCAAGGUCACGACUUGAUGGCAGAAGAGGCAUCAGAGAACAGCAUUCCUAUGCAUUCUACAGCCCCCAAAAAUGAGAAUGGCUCUGUACCCAUGGACGCUAGCACCAUGUCGGCUCUGCCUCUCAAGCGAAAGAAGAGCCAGCUUCGAGCCAGCAAGAAGCUGUAUGAGUUUUACAAUGCCCCUAUCACCAAAUUCUGGCUUCACACGCUGGGGUACUUGGCGUUCUUGUGCAUCUUCAUGUAUACAGUACUGGCCAAACUUCAAGAAACACCCCAAUGGCAGGAGCUGUAUGUCAUGGCUUAUAUUUCAACACUAGCAGUGGAAAAGAUCAGACAGAUUAUAGCAUCAGAACCAACAAAAGUGUCGAUGAAGAUGCGAAUGUACAUUGGGCGAGUGUGGAACCUUUGGGACACGCUAGCCAUUGUACUGUUUGCUGUGGGUGUGGUUCUCCGCUGCUUCCCGACCUACAUCAAGGAUGCCCAGCUGGUGUAUGUUAUUGAUGUGGUGCUGUGGAACAUGCGCAUCCUGGAGAUCCUCAGUGUCAACCAGUACCUGGGCCCCUACGUUAAGAUCAUUGCUAAACUGAUCCGGGAUAUGGCCUACUAUCUCAUCAUUCUCUUUAUUGUUGUCACAAGUUAUGGUGUAGUGCGUCAGGCAAUCCACUUCCAGAACACGGAAGUGUCAUGGCCACGUGCUCUCAGAAACAUCUGGUUUUAUCCAUACUGGAUGAUCUACGGAGAGCUCUUCGCUGAGGAAAUAGAUCCGUGUGAGCAGGAGAAAGGAUGCAGUGUGUAUGGCGCCUGGGUGUCACCAGCUCUGAUGUGCAUUUACCUUCUUAUUGCUAAUAUCCUUGGUGUCAACCUGCUGAUUGCACGCUUCAAUGCCACUUUCAUCCGCAACAAUGCCUACUCGAGGGAGAUCUGGAUGUUCCAGCGCUAUCAGCUAAUAAUUGAGUAUGAGAUGCGCCCCAUUCUUCCCCCACCCCUCAUCAUUCUAACUCAUUUAUAUUUAGCCUUCAAGUAUUGCCGCAGAAGGUGCAAGGGCAAGCGUGAUUUCUUCGACAACGGUCUCAAGCUCUUCCUCUCAAGAGAAGACACUGAAAAACUUCACGAUUUUGAAGAAGAGUGCAUGGAGGACUUUUUCCGUGAGAAGGAACAUAAGUUCCAGUCCUCAUCAGAGGAGAGAGUUCGUGUGAUCAAUGAAAGAGUUGAAGCAAUGACACUACGACUUGAAGACCUCAACACAAAGGAAAGUUCUUUGCGCCUGUCCCUGCAAACUGUUGACUAUCGUUUGAUGAGGCUGGAAGAAAUUGCUUCGGGAACUAAUGAAGCGUUGACACUUCUCCGCACCCUGUUGGCUCGUCAAACUACUCCUCCACCACCUCCACCUCUGCACAACAUCCCAGGUGUCACCAUCAGCCACACACCUACCAGUGGUAUUCCUCAUGAAGAGGUGGUCAUUGACUCAGAGAGAGACCUGAAACGGAGUGGAAGUCCAGGACCUUGUCUGGCUUCUUGGAGAAAUGAGAGUGUUGGAGGAAUGGGAAGCACAGGAGAGGAUGAAGUCAUGUAUUCUCAGCCCUCCCCUCUGCUUGUCCACUCCAAACGACCAGUACGCGAGGAGUACCUUCGUCAUUUCACCAGCUACACACACACACGCCAGCUCAGUGGGGAAUCUUUCUCCAGGAUUUCUUUGGAGGAUGCAGAAGCAGCUGAAACACCACAGCAGGCAGGGGAGGUACAACAGUUUGUCAACCCCCCAACAUCUGUGCCUGAUGCCAACACUGUCUUGAACAGGGAAAGCACCAGUGACCAGGACCUGUCGCAUGAGAGCUUGCAGCAACGCAGGUCAGGCAGCAACCGGCUGUCUCUUAACAUCACCAGGGCACAAAGUGUAGGCAGAGUCCGUUCUCGUUCUCUCCUCAGCCCAUCUGUUCGAUUCCAUGAGCCAGCAAACUCUGGAAGUGGGGGGAUGGCAGAAGCAGGUUCAUCGCAUGAUAAGGAAUCCACUGGCCCCGUUCCACCAGGCACCGCAACCGUGACCCCACCCCGACUCGCGCAGCUUGACCUCAGUGGAAGUCAGCACCUCCAUGUGGUGGGUGUGGGACUCCCAGCCAACACUCCAAUCUCUCCUGUCCUGACCCCUCUGUCUCCCACCCAUCCCCACUCUUCCACUGCUGCUUUCACUGCACCCGAUCCUGACAUUCUUCCGUCGGCAGUGAGAGAACUGUGUUCAGUUUUUACGCCACUUUUGAGUGAGUACUCCACCAUCACUGACAACAUAGAUGUGUCUUGUUUCCGUAACCUCAGCCCACCACGCAGCCCUGUGCCCUCUGGCAUGACCAUGUCUGACCCAAUGGGUGCUGUCACACCAGGAAGCACACGAAAACGUACUGAGAGUGUGAGCUCCAAGGUCAAACGUGAGGAACUGAUGGAGGCAGAGGAGACAGAGCGCCUGAAAAUGGAGGGCCUUAUUCGAAGUCGUUUGCGCCAAAUUUCACAGGAUGAUGCAAGUGGCAGCAUCAGUGACAUUGCCCGACUGGUGGUCAGUGAAAUGGAGAUGAACCAGACAGCCACCCCACCUGAAGAUGAAGAUGAAGACCGUGUGCAUGAGACGAGUGCUGAAAUGUCCGAGGAUGUUGCUGAAGAGGUGAUCUUCACCACAUCGGAGGCUGAUAGCUCAGACAAAAUCUUACCUGUGGUGUGAAUUUACAGCAGCCCAGCUUGGACAGAUUUUGGUGUAAUCCAGCAGUAAAUACUUGUGAAAGGCCCGGUAGUCUUGCAAGGACUUGCAGAAUUAUAUGGCUGAAUUUUGGCAAGCACCUUUGGCUAACAGAAGAGGGUCCCAUAUAUUUUUUGCUGAUGGAUUUCAAUAUUGUACAAAUUUAAAAACAAGGAAAUCAGAUUACUUGAUAUGACUCCUGACCGAUGUCAAGGCCAUUAAAAAAAAAAACUAGCAAGUUCUGUCCCAGUUCCCUUUAUCCUCCUUUUCCAAUGCAUUGUCAGGUCUCAGCAGCAAAGAGGUGAAGAAACACAGCGACCUACCAAGUCAAUGCAUCAAAAUGAGGCAAAAGUAAAGGGACUGAUCUCCCCUGCUGUGCUAUGUUUCAACACAGGAGAUGACAUGGAGAGGGUAAUCUCUCCUGCAGUAUUGUGCUGUUAAAUCAUAUCAGCAUAAGAAGCCAAAUACUCUGAAUAGCUGUGCUCAAUUUUCUUUUCAAACCCCAUUUCUCAUUUAUUCUGGUGAAAAGAGACUGAUUCAGAUUCACUGAUUAUUGAUAAAGAGCAGAAUUUAAAUUUUGUAUUUCUGUAGAUUCUUUUGGGAAAAUUUCAUGGUGAAUUAACCCCUUUUCAUUGCUGUUUCUGUAACAGUGGUAGUGGUAAUCAAACAUACAAAGCAACUACCAUUAGAAGGCUUUAUUGAAGGGACUUUAUGAGCCAAGGGAAUGAUAUGUGCGUGACGUAUUUCAUGCAGAAUGUAUGUAUUAACAUGCAGAUUUAUUGUCAUACAGAAAACUUUUUGGUAUUUCAAGUGAGUUUAAUCGGAGGGCUAUAAUUUUUAAAAAAAGAAAAUCAGUAAUAAUGUGUGCAAGUAAGAAAAAAAUAUGCAUACAUAUCUGUGUGUGUGUGUACAUGCAUGCAUGCUAGCAAGGGUUGUGGGGUGUGAAAAGGUCCUUAAAUUUAAUGGUUGUGGGGGAGUAAGUGGAUAUGGUUCAUUGUAUCUAUAACAUGGCAUACAGAAAGUGGAGCCCAACCCUCUCUUCCACUGCCUUGCCUAAUAAAUGGGGUCCACAUAUCUGAUAGAUGGGUGAAGGAAGGUUCCCUCCACCCAUUUCACAAGCAGGCCUCAGAUCCCAACCAAACUUGGGUGCACUAACCACCAGGCUAUGGAUAGCUGUACUUGAGCAUAAAUGCUUUCAGAAUACUAGACAUAAAUUUUAAAGAUGCUGUUUAGUAGCAUUUUCAAUGUUUGUCAUCUUGUUAAAAAAAAAUUCCAGAUAUUUUUUACCUUAGAAUUUUAGAUUAUAAAUUUUCUUUCUAAUCAGUAUUGGAAUAGCAUGGACUUCACACUUUCUUAAACUUCCUACAUAUCCCACCUCACCCCUACGUAGACAGGCAUCAGUGUGCUGGCCGGCUGUGCCUGAUCAAUCUAUUCCCGGAGUAGUUAUCUUCUGUGGAAUUCUACUCAGAUAAGAGAUCAUGUGCAUAAAUUUUCAAAUCAUUCUUGCACCCAAAAAAGUCUUUGAGAAACUACAACAGAAAUGUACCAAUACAGUUUAUUGCAGCUGAUCAUGGUGAAAAGGGCCAAUAGAUUGUAAUCUAUCAUUCCUUAUUAUUCUUUUAUGUUUAAAGAUAUACCUCACACUAUAAUCCCCCUUCCUCAUUUGGUGUAAUUUAUAGACAAAGGACUAGAGUGGAUUUCCGAGCAAGUUCUUUUUUUCUUAAUGUUGUAUUUUGUGCAGUGUUAGAGGCUAGUGUCUGGCAGCUGAACAUUUUGUAAGUUCAGAUUAAAGCAACGAAGCAGCAGAUGCACUCAACUCACUCAUCACUAAAGCACGAGCUUUGAUUUUUUAUUUUUAUUUUUAAUGUGGAGACUGCACAUCUGGCUGGCCGUUGUGAGUCUCGUUUAGGUGUAGCACUGAAUUGUAUUUUGCACAUUUACAGCGUCCAUUUCAGACCCUUUCUUCAACCCUAUAUCAUGUCUACUUUCACUUGCUGCUGUUUGUUCUAUGCAUUUUAAUCAGCACCAUUAUGAGAACACAAUAUGCUUCUGCUUUUUUAGAGCCUACCUGUUUAGGAAUGAGUAGGAAAGGACUUAGUGCGGACAAGAACAAUCAGCUAAGACAAUGUUAAAUGGUCUACUGCAAUAUGUUCAAUUUCCUUAAUUUUAACCCUGAGUAUUGUUUGAUCUCAAACUUUAAUGUAAAAUAUGAUCGCUUAGGGUAACCUAAUUAAACCCCAGAUGCAAUGUUAAGCCUGCGUACACUCCAGACAGUAUCUUGCCACCAUCCAACUUUUCUUUUUUUUCUUUUUUGCUAGAGUAGGUCACAUCUGGAGAGAGAAAAUACAAAACAUAUUGUAGGGAAAGAAGUGUUCUCAAAGUUCUUUUUGUUUUUAAGUAAAUGAAUAGAGAAAUUUAAAUAUACUAAUGCUGACAAUUUUGUAUAGGGCUUUAAUUAUAGGGCUUGGUUACAGUGCUGAUUUUUAACCUACUGCUAACCCACUGGCAAAAUGUAUUUUUAUAAUUGUGGUACUUGCCAGUCCUGCUUUUAAUCUUAGGAAACACUUAAGGGCUAGUUAAUCAGGCAUGGUGUGUGAGAAAACACACUGCAUGUAUUUCUCUGUGCAUCUUAGAAUGUAUUAUAUCGGUAAAAUAAAUGCCUUGAGGACAUUAAUGUAACAAAAACAGGCACUUACAAAUGGUAGGAUAAAUCUUUUGGCUUUGCUGUUAACACAGGUAUACAGAAUGGACAUGUAUGUUUUCUAGACAUCAUUUCUACGUUAUCUGUGCAAUUGUACAGAAACAAUAUUCCUAAAAGUUAUGUUGAUGAGUGAAAUAGCAUAAAAUGGAAAAAAAUAUAUUGAUUUUUCUUUGAACACCUCCCUGCAGAUCAAGUGAUGUAUAUUUCUCAGAUCUGAAUAUUAUUUUCAAAAUCUUAUCAAAGGAGACAUUGGUGUUACAUAUCAUGCUAAUUUUGAUGAAUUUUUUGUUGUUGUUGUUACAUUCCUGGUUGAUAGCAGAUUCUUGAAAAUGGACAUGCAUCAUUCUGUCAAUCAGAUCUAUAGUUGCCAUCACAACUGUGUUUCUCAUAGCACACACUAUGCAUAUUUGAUUUCUGUUAUAGAUAGGGCAAGGUGAAGGAGGUGAACUUAAGUCUUAUUUUGUCCAUGCAAUGGUGUUUAGGAGUAAAACAGAGCAAGAUGAAAUCAUAAAUUGCGAUGAUGUGGAAUUUUAGAUAUUUUUUCACUGCUUAUGUCAUGGUUGUUGAUAAACAGGAGAUUUUUGAAAGAACCCAAUCAGUUCUGGCUUUGGGUCAAAAAAUGAUGGAAUAUAUUAGGUGUUAUAUAACUGAUAUACAAAUAUCUUUUGAUUCUGACAAUUGUUUAUAAUUAUAUAAGGGGAAAUCGAAUGAAAUGUGUGGGAUGCAAAUUUUGGACAUGGAAAUUCACUUAUCAGUUAGUAAUCCUCAUGGUUGGAGAGGCACUUCUUCCAUUGUGCUCCCAGUCAGGCCAACAAUGGCAGGGGUGCCAACUCCUUCAGUGUAGAGGGAGUCCAUUAGCAGGACUUAUUGGACUGCCACUUGUAUACAUAGGGAAAGCAGAUAUUAUUUUCUUCAUGAAAGCAAUCAUAGGCACUUUUGUAUUUGUGGGAUGGCUACCUUAGCACUAAUGACUUUGCUCAACAGUCAUUUCCUGAAAAUGUUGAGCACAUCUGCACUCUUCAUUUAUUUUGUAUGCUUACCUUCGAUGUUUGCCAGAAUUUUGUGUCCUUGGUAAAUUUUCUUGUUUUGUUCAUUAUUUCAUGGUUCACAACAGCCUUUACCCAUGACCACUUCAGAAGUCAGUUGGCUUCAAUCUAGUCAAGAACUCCAGUACAUUCAGUGAUGCUUGGGGCACAUUGCAUUACAUGGAUUCUAUUCAUCUGUUCUUCACCCUGCCAAAGGUUGUGAUCACUUUAAAUGUUGGUCACUUCAAUCAGAUCAGUCUUAGAUCAGUCUUAUUUCAUUGUGUUCAAACUUUUCACUGACAUUUGUGGUGCAAUGUCAUACUCUACUUUCAGUUUUUGUUCCUACUUAUCCAAAACACUCUAUCUUGUAAAACUCCUGGAAUGUGGGCAGAAAGUUGUUUUAACUCAAGGUGCAGUAGAUAUAUGUAACAGCCCCACUUGUGAUAGAAGUGUAACCUCAUUCAGGAAGGUCCUGAAUAGAUGUUUCUAUUGUGCCCUUGACAGGACAGUGUCAUUGUACACAGUUGUGGACAGGUGUCACCACUUACAGAAAAAAAAAAUUAUCUUACAAUAGAUGAGUUAUCUUCCACAUGAACACCAAGUUAUGCUGCACCAUUUUACAGGGUAAUCUUAACCAAGAUUUGUUUCUUGGAAUGUAUUUGAUACACUUCAUAACAACUCUUAUUUUCACUCGAGUUGUCAGUGCUAGUCGGCCAGACUGAGUUGUUAAUACUGUCACGCUGGGCUAGCAUUUCCUUGGUGACUCCGUGCCCUGCUUAUAGGAGUGCAAUCCUUUUGCUCAUUCAGUAUGGAUGAAUCACUGCAACUGAGCUGUAGCUAUGAAGAUGUUUGCAUCUGCAGUGUGAACUGUAUACAAGAAUAUUUUUAGUGUAAGUCAGGUUAAACUGAUGACAAAUGAUGAUGAUGAUGGAGUUUUGUAACGCGCUAGUAUCCGCAUCACAAAAAUGACUAUAUUAGUGAUAAAGGGAUUUGAUUUUCCAUCCCCACUUUGCAGUGUGGUGUCAUUAGCCAAGUUCUUUGAUAAAAAUUAAUUAUCUGCAUUGCCAAAGUCACAAGAAAUGCCAAAUGCCAUUGACCUAACAAACUUCUAAUUUAUUCCCUCUCUUCCCCAAGUUAUUUCUCUGAUCGCUAGUCUCCACUUUAUAAUUCUCUGCUUUUUUAUUUUACCCCCUGAAUUCCCAUUGCAGUCUUACCCCUGUUCAUUCACUUCAUCAGGUACUUCAGUUUUUGUUUGGGUUUUUAUUUUUUAACUGUAAUGUCCUGCUACAUUUUUCUUAUCUACUCAUAUCCAGAUUACCUAUGUCUACCUUACACAAAUAUUUGCUCCUGUGCUUCCUGCAGCCUUUUUCAUGCUGUCCCCUUAUUCAUUGUCCCAUACAUCUGCAUCUCUCUGGCCCUGUAAUUGUACUUCUGUUCCCACUUGAAUAACACCGGUGAAACUGUAUUCAUGUGGAUCAUACUUAUCAAUUAUCCACAUCAUCUUGCACUUAAAUCAGCCCACUUUGCCUUGUGCAAAUUUUUCUAUUUGGUUAAAUUGAAAAUAAGACAAAAUAAUGUAUGGUAAGAUGAGUAGAAUAUUAGAUUGCCAUGUUAAUAUGUCAUCAAGGUUUGUGGUUAUCCAGCAAAGAAUGCUUUUAGGGCAUGUAUUUUUUUUAAUUUUUUUUCAUGCAACUACAUCAUUCCUGAAAGUUAUUUGUCUACAAAUUUCUGCAUGUAUAUUAUAGGCAAGACCACUGGGAUAGCUUUGUGGUUUGAUUUUGUUUUUAGGCAAGGUUUCAAAAUCUGUUGUAGCUUUCCAUAGAACGCAAUUUUAAACAACCCAUCGUUAAUUCUGAUAACUUUGAUUUUUGUUGUUAGUGGCAAUCCAGCAUUUUAUAGCUGUGGGAAUCUGUGAACUGUUUAGCAUGAUUCCCUUUUUAGUAAUCUGAAGCUGGAAAAUCUGCAGACUUUUUCACCCCUGAUACAAAGGUCGAUCCACUUAAGGAGUGAGCAGAACAGGGUUGUACAUAAGUUUGUCCGCUGCUUCUAAUUUAUUGCCAAGUAACCUCUGAGCAACUAGCAACUGUGAUAACACCUUAUAAACAUUUCAUUACUAUAAUUUUAUAAUAUACCACCUCAGUUGACUUCUAGAGAUAUAGGUUUUUUCCUCCCCCCUGCAGCUGGGCUUUUCAACCUUGUAAAAUAGUGGUAAAAGCAACAAUUACCUUCAACACCAUCAAUCAGGUAUGCAACACCACCACUUCUCAGAUAUUACUACAACUUCACACAGAGAUCAACUUUUUUUCCGCCUCACCUGCUUAGGGGUACCAAGCCAUUGACUUUAGGGCACUAGGGCGCUAGUCUAUAGCUUUAGUGUUGUCCAAGGACUACAUAUUAUGACAAGUCUGAAAGUAACUGUUAACUUUUCCAUGUUUUAAAAAUUUCACCAGUCAAACCAAAUUUAAACAAUGAUUUGUCGCACAAUGUGCUCCUUUCUGAAAGGCCAUUUGUUACCAUGGUAAUUUUGCUUUUUGAGCUUGGUCAUUUCAUAUUUCCAGCAUAUGAAGAGGUGCUUUUUUUACAUCAGUAUUUACACAACUUUGAAUGGAAUUUUGUUGAUGUUAGAAGUUACCCUCUACAUUUCCAGCCAUUUGCAUCUUUAUAUAUCAUACUUUCUGUUGCAGAAUAUGGUUUACAUUUCUUUUCAUUCAAUCACAGAGAACAAAAAUUUAUACUCAUGCAUUUAAUAUAGAGCCCACACCAGUAAAAAAUGUCAUCUUAGUGUAGAUUUUGAGAGGUUUUCUUAUAUACAUUCGCCCAUAAGCUUCUAUUAUAAAGAUUUAUUAUUAUUGUCAUUAGGUCUGUUCUAGGAAACAGUUUCUUUUCAAAGGUAUAAUUUAAACUUUAAAUGUUUAAUGUAUGAUAUAUGCCAUUUUUCUUUGCUUCACCGCCAGUUCAUGUGCAGAGCUAUUCCAACCAGGUAACUGGUACGUUACUUGUAUAAUUGCAAAAGUUGAAUUAGAACACCUUGCAACCAAACAAAUUUUUUUUUUUUGCAGUCUGUUCUGUGGCAAAUAAAUGUAGCAAGAGUUACUAAACUCAAGGCAGUGAUUUGUAUUGUAUGCUAUGAUUCUCACUGGGGUAGACUAUUCAUAUGCAAAUAUUGAAAAUAAAAUUAUACAAACUUA